AUGGGCAGCUCCUCCCCCCGCCGCGCGGACGAGCUGGACAACGAGGAGGACCUGGGCAUCAUCGACGCGGGCGACGAGGAGUGGCUGGAGGUCUUCGACGUCAUCCGGGAGCAUUCCGCCGUCACGAUCUUCAACAAUACAGACAGUACCUGGUACGUGUCCAGCAAGCACCCGAACUUCGUGCGCCCCCUGCACGGCAAGCGCCGGCACUCGCUGGGGCAG